ACCAACUUCCCACUUCAUAGUUCAACCCAAAAAAGGAAACCACACUCUCAAUUAGCUCACUCCCUGUUACACCCCAUCCACACAAAACCUGUUUGCAUUUCAGGCCUAAACGCCAUGGAAACACAGCUAGAGAGCUUCUGGGUUUUCGCCGUCUUCUCCAAAUGGAAAUCCCUGUCUUCCAUAAACACACUUCUAGCCCUCCUCUUCAUGUGCAUGGCUUGGCUAACCAUGUCCUUUCUCUUCUGGGCUUUUCCUGGAGGCCCAGCAUGGGGAAAACACCACUGGAAGAAAAGAGAUCACCAAAUGACAGAAACGCUCAUUCCCGGACCAAAAGGGUUUCCGGUCCUGGGCAGCAUGAGCCUCAUGGCUAAUCUAGCUCACCGCAACCUCACUAAAGCGGCUGAUCGUUUUGGCGCACGGCGGCUCAUGGCUUUUAGCCUCGGUGACACUCGUGUCAUCAUCACAUGCAACCCUGACGUCGCCAAGGAUAUCCUCCACAGCUCGGUUUUCGCCGACCGUCCGAUCAAAGAGUCGGCUUACAAUCUGAUGUUUAACAGAGCUAUUGGAUUCGCCCCUUACGGGGUUUACUGGACUACCCUUCGACGAAUCGCCACUACCCAUCUCUUCUGCCCUAAACAAAUCUGCGCUUCCGAGCCCCAACGGUUCCAACUCGCCGCCGAAAUGCUGUCCAUCGUGGCCGCACGUGGCUCUAACUCUCGCAAGUUCUGCGUCCGCGAUGUACUGAGGAGAGCUUCUUUAAACAACAUGAUGUGCUCUGUGUUUGGACGUAAGUAUCAACUAGGGGAGUUGAAUACCGAAACCGAGGAGCUGAGUCAGCUUGUUGAAGAAGGUUAUGAUCUGCUGGGAAAGCUUAACUGGUCCGAUCACCUUCCCUGGCUGGCCGGUUUAGACCUCCAGACCAUCCGGUACAGAUGCUCCAAACUCGUUCCGAGAGUGAACGGCUUUGUUAGCCGUAUUAUCAAAGAACAUCGAUCCCAAACUGGCCGGAAAAACCAUAGUGACUUUGUCGACGUUCUUCUUUCUCUUCAUGGACCCGAUAAGUUGUCUGACCACGACAUGAUAGCAGUACUUUGGGAGAUGAUAUUCAGAGGAACGGAUACUGUGGCGGUUCUGAUAGAGUGGAUACUUGCGAGAAUGGUGCUCCAUCCUGAUAUCCAAUCAAAAGUUCACGCCGAGCUGGACCGGAUAGUCGGAAAAUCACGUCCGUUGACGGAAACGGACAUUCACUCAAUGGUAUACCUGCCGGCAGUGAUCAAAGAAGUGCUGAGGCUCCACCCACCAGGCCCACUUCUGUCCUGGGCCCGCUUGGCAAUCACAGACACUGUGGUUGAUGGUUAUCACGUGCCUGCGGGAACCACAGCGAUGGUGAACAUGUGGGCCAUCACGAGGUGCCCACAGGUGUGGCCGGACCCACUCGAGUUCAAGCCAGAGAGGUUUGUGUCAUCCAAGGAUGCUGACGUGGGCUUCUCUGUGUUGGGGUCUGACCUAAGGCUCGCGCCAUUCGGGUCCGGCAGGAGGAGCUGUCCCGGAAAGUCGUUAGGGUUGGCUACGGUGAGCUUCUGGGUCGGGUCGCUUUUGCAUGAGUUUGAGUGGAAGCGGGCUGACCCGAUCGACCUCUCUGAAGUGCUCAAGCUUUCAUGCGAGAUGGCAAACCCUCUCACUGUUCAGGUGCAUCCGAGGCGCAGAUAAGCAAUGAAAAGACCGCGUAGUCUUUUCCUCUCCUCACCGCAAAGAAAAAGAAUAGUAGCAGAAAAGUAUUAUAUAUAUAUAUAUAUAUAUAUUUAUGGGUUUUACUUUUUUUAAGUCUUUUCUGAGAUGUGAAAUCUUAAGCCUCUCGAUCUCUUAGACUUUUAAGCUUUUAUCAUGGAUAAUCACAUCGGUUUAUGUGACUGCGUGUAUUGUGAUACUUAAGCCUUAGUCUACGUACGGGAGCAACAUGGAACCAAUAUAUAUUUGUAAUCAAAAAAGGUAAUAUAUGUUGGCUUUGUGAUA